AUGCCGAAUUUUCGAGAAAAGGCUCGCGUUAAUGUUGAAGGAGAUCGUUCAAUGGCGUAUGGUCCAGUCUGUUUUAUAAACGAAAAGCUCUAUGCUGUCCUUGGUCCUGUUGACAUUAUUGAGAUUUUGUCGAAGAACCAAGAAGGAUCUAUUUCUAUUGCAGGAAUUAAGAAUGACGGAUGGACUAUUUUGUCUGUCUACAUUUCUUCCAAUUGCGAUUUUAGUCAUACCAUUGCUAAAUUAGAGAACUGUCUUAACAAUUCAAAAGGCAAAGUAAUUUUAGCUGGAGAUUUCAACAUUGACUUUAAUAACAAAUCUACAAAAAAAAUUCUUUCGAAGAUAUGCUAG